AGGCCCUCUUGCUGAACCUAAGCGGGCUGAUGUGAGCGCACCAGCACAAGCACCAGGCCUUCAGUCGCAAGAUCCGGGAGACGCAGUGGGGGCAUCAGGCAGCUUUCCCCCAAAAGCGGAAGUUGCCAGCAAAGAUCAAGUGGACAGAUCAGGACGAAUAUCCAGCCGAGGAGCUCCAGCACAGGAAACUGGGCCAAGUGGAACUGGAGGACAGAGACCUACGGUCAGGGACACCUUUGCUCCUGAUGAUGUGAGAGAAGGUGCUCACCGUCAGGAUUUGUGGCAGAAAGCGAGAGCGCUUACAGCUGACCGUCGGGCAGCCAGGCCACUGCAACCAUGGCAGCAGAAAGAUCUCCUUCCGCCAUCUCGCACACCAGACGGAACCAUGGGUGGUGUCGGAGGUAUUCCACCAUCGGCUGCAGGGCGAUCUCAUCGACCAGGUGCAUGCCCGGUUCCUAAAGGAGCAGGAGCGUUGGAUACAGUUGGAAGACCUGAGAGUGACCCAUGCGAAGAGAAUUUGUCUGGGGACGAAAGGCGUUGGUUGGUGCAGGGCACAAUACAAUCGAUGCCAGCUCCAGUGAGAGAACCUUCACCUGCACGAUCACGCUCUCCAGCCCCGCGCAGGGAGGGUAUAGAGGCACAGCCCCUUUAUGACCUCCUGCAGCAAAUGCGGGAGAUGUGGUCUACACAGGCUGCACAGCAAGGGUGAGAGGGCCCAGUGCAUUCGAAUUUCACCCCGGCAUCUUACCUGAAAACGAAUCCAACAUAUCAGCGCCGCGAGAACCCAUCUUCUACUGUGUGAGGUGUGCACCUUUAGCACCGCAGACGAACCAAUGGUUUCAUGGCGACAACCGUUGCCAAACCUUCCAAACCUUCGCGCGCUAUUUUUCAUGUUUGAGGUUAGUGUGAAAA